UAACUGGUGUAAAUGUAGACUUAAUUCACCGCUUUAAAAUUAUAUUAAAUACUAUAAAUAGUAGUAAAAAUAUAGAUGUUGGUAAAUUCCAUACGUAUUGCAUGGACACUGCAAAAUUAUAUGUAGAGCUUUAUGGCUGGUACUACAUGCCCAUCACUGUGCAUAAAGUUCUCAUUCACGGCAGCAAAAUGGUAUCUGAGGCUAUAUUGCCAAUAGGAAUGUUAUCCGAAGAAGCGCAAGAAGCAAUGAAUAAGGAGUAUAGAAACUGUAGGCUAUUCCAUUCUCGUAAAAAUUCACGUAUUUCUACGAAUGAAGAUGACAAACAAACUUUAUAUGAAGAUGAAGAUGAAGAUGAAGAUGAAGAUGAAGAUGAAGAUGGGGAUGACCUCAAAAUAGCAGAUCUUAUUUUCUAA